ACUCCUCCUUCCGCUUCCUUCAAGUAAGGAGCCGGUGUCUCCGCCACUUUUUUCAUCCGGCCCCGGCAGCGGCUCGCGAUGUUUGGCUUGAAGAGAAACGCGGUAAUCGGACUCAACCUCUACUGUGGCGGGGCUGGAUUAGGGGCCGGCACUGGAGGCGGCGCCACCCCUCCGGGAGGGCGAUUUUCAGCUCCUGGAAAGGAGGCCACGACCCGACGAGAAGUAGGGGGAGGGGAAGUCAGCGCGCUAAGUGGCGGAAGCGUCAGCGCAAGCCCCCCGGCCGUUCUCGCGCCGGACGCUCUGAGGGUCGCGCGGCCGGCGCCCAUUGGCGCUGAGGGCCCCGACGUCACCGCAAGCCCCGCGAGGCCGUCGUUCUUUGCGCCCACCUGCCGCGCGUCGCCGCCCGAGGAGAUGGAAGCCUCGCCUGCGGACGCCAUCAUGUCGCCCGAAGAGGAGCUGGACGGGUACGAGCCGGAGCCGCUCGGGAAGCGGCCGGCUGUCCUUCCUCUGCUGGGGUUGGUUGGAGAGGGCAGUAAUGGCCCUGGUACAGACGGGUCACUACCCUCGACGCCGCCGUCAGCAGAGGAGGAGGAGGAGGAGGACGAGUUGUACCGGCAAUCGUUAGAGAUUAUUUCUCGGUACCUUCGGGAACAGGCGACUGGCGCCAAGGACGCAAAGCCAAUGGGCGGGUCUGGGGCCGCUACCAGGAAGGCAUUAGAGACCCUCCGGCGGGUCGGGGACGGUGUGCAGCGCAACCAUGAGACGGCCUUCCAAGGCAUGCUUCGGAAACUGGACAUCAAAAACGAAGAUGAUGUCAAAUCUUUAUCUCGUGUGAUGGUCCAUGUUUUCAGUGACGGAAUAACAAACUGGGGCAGAAUUGUGACUCUCAUAUCUUUUGGUGCCUUUGUGGCCAAACACUUGAAGAGCAUAAACCAAGAAAGCUGCAUCGAACCAUUGGCAGAAAGUAUCACAGAUGUUCUCGUAAGAACAAAACGGGACUGGUUAGUCAAACAAAGAGGCUGGGAUGGGUUUGUGGAGUUCUUCCAUGUAGAGGACCUAGAAGUCGGCAUCAGAAAUGUGCUGCUGGCUUUUGCAGGUGUUGCUGGAGUAGGAGCUGGUUUGGCAUAUCUAAUUAGAUAG